GUCCACCAUAUUGAAUUACUUUUUCUUCUGACGCGACGUAUUUUCUUUGCCAGUGAAUAUUUUCUUAAAUAAAUGCGUUUAAAAGUGGAGGUUUUCAUCUAAAUCUAUGAAAAAAGUGUUUUUCAGUAAACAUUUUAUAAAGUUUCACAAAAAUUUGCUAAGAAAUUUUGCGAAAAAACUGUGAAGAAACAAAAGACAAAUUAAAAUUUUGUCUUUCCAUACAAAUGAGUGUCGCUGCAAUGACUUUGGACGAUCAUCAGAGACCAUUGAUGAAUAGUUACGAAAAAAUGUCUAAACAGUAUGAACAAAAUUUACAAAACUCGUCAUCGUCUAUGGCAAUGGGAGGGUCGUCGUCAGCCUCCAAUAACGCCGGUUUAUUAUCGGGACCGGCAUCGCCAACGCCGUCUGGCUCCGAAGAGCUAAAUACAGCACCAACUACUAACAGUACACAUCAUACGGCGUAUCAUCAUUCACAUCAUCACCACCAUCACCAUCAUCAUGCGCAUCAUACGCAUCAUGCACAGCAGCAGCAACAACAACAGCAUUGUUCGCCACCACCACCAUUAUCUUCAUCUUUAAUCUCAACGACAACUUCGACAACGGUAGCAGCAAAUUCAACAGCUCAACACCAACAAUCGUCCCCGAAUGCAAUUGCUGCUGCUGUUGUUAUAGCUGCUGCCGAACAACGUCAACGUCAGCUCGAAGAAGAAGUUGAUAGUCUCAAGUUGGAACAAUCGCGCCUUACUCAACAAUUUAAUGAUGCCCAAAGACGAGAAAAAAUACUCAUGCGUCGUCUGGCCAACAAGGAGCUAGAAUUUCAAGAUUAUGUGAGCCAAAUAGCUGAGUAUAAGGCGGCCCAGGCACCUAGCGCCGUAGCUUUGCGCACGGCUUUAUUGGAUCCGGCCGUUAAUUUACUAUUUGAGAAACUUAAAAAAGAGCUAAAAGCUACCAAAGCUAAAUUAGAAGAAACUCAGAAUGAGUUAUCAGCCUGGAAAUUCACACCCGAUUCCAAUACGGGCAAACGCUUAAUGGCCAAAUGCCGUUUAUUAUAUCAGGAGAAUGAGGAAUUGGGUAAAAUGACUUCCAAUGGUCGCUUGGCUAAGUUGGAAACUGAAUUGGCCAUGCAGAAGUCAUUCAGUGAGGAGGUGAAAAAAUCGCAAUCAGAACUUGAUGAUUUUCUGCAGGAAUUGGACGAAGAUGUGGAGGGCAUGCAAAGUACCAUAUUGUUUUUACAGCAAGAACUUAAAACGACGCGCGAACGUAUAGACGUGUUGGAGAAAGAGAAUUAUCAAUUGAAGAAUGGUAUUGUACCAACAGAUGAAAGUAAAAUGGAAAUUGACGUUGAUAAUAGCCAUACUAAAAUUGAGGAAGAGCAAGCCCCGAUUAGUGCCCCAAUGCAAGUAGAUGACAAUUCCAAUGUAAAUGGCAACAAUGCAACUGACAUUAUUGACACUUAUAAAGCAAACCCAAACCUGGAAGCAAUUGACGAAAAUGCCGCAUUGAAUAUACAAAACAUACAAAGUAACAGUAGUGUUUACUAUAAUGGUACAGAAGAUACUUCGGUAGCUACAGAUGUAGUUCCUGUUGUUCCUGUUUUGGCAAGUGACUCGCCAACCAUAACAUCUUUGGUUGACAGUAGCAGUGAGGGUGUAGUGCUUGGCACAAAACUGCGUACGAUGGCAUCUAGGAAACGUACAUUCGACUGCGAGCCGAUAUUAGAUACCAAUAUCGCUACACCACCAGCACAGGGAGCACCUGCACCUGUUCCUGCACCUGCUCCCGCUCCUGCUCCUGCUCCUGCUCCUGCUCCUGCUCCUGCUCCUACUCCUGUAGUAGUAGUAGCUUCUCCACGAACUUUACCGCCUAAAAAGUCAAAAUUACGUGUUACACCUGCCCGCAGAACAUCUGUGCAAUCAAUAGGUGAGCAUGAAGUUCUAACCAUAACUCCUGUGGAUAUCCUCGCUGUAAGAAGCGAUGAAAACUUGACGCAACUGCCCACCAUCGAGAAUGCUAAUAAUGAAACUGAAACGCUCAUCACUGGGGGAGUGGUGGGACAACGUAUUGUGGCACGACGUAGAUCGGUGCGUCUUAAUGGCGGUGCCGGUGCAAACGGAGGAGAAAGCAAUCACUAAGUGAUUUAACUGAUAAUCGUCAUUGUUCAUCAUUAAAAACGCAUACUCAUGAGUUCUUAAGCAAACCCUAAGAGUAAAUAAAGAAACCUAAAAUGAAUUAAAAUAUAGAAUUGUAAUGCAGCAACAUAAUAAAUAUGGACAUCUCUACGUAAGAAUAGUUUUUAUUAUAGUUUAUCGUGAAAUUGUAACAAAAUAUAUUUUUAUUUUUUUUUUAUUUUUUUUUUUAUUACAUUGUAAGCAGAUUUUUUCGCCGGUAACAAUUAUUAUUGUCAAUAUUUCUUUUUAACUGAAGACUAUUAAUAAAUAAUUGUGAAUUAAUUUACACCGUGCUCUUCCUUUGUAAUUUAGCUUAAUGGUUUUCUAUUUCCUUAGCAUUUUAAUUAAUUAAAUUUUAACAAUCAUCAUAGCAACACAACACUAUCACGAUGGGCGUAUCUUUUGUGAGAAACAGAGAAUAAAACUGAGAAAAUAUUAAAAAAAAAAAAAAA